AUGGGCAAAGCCAGGCAGAGCAGGAGCUGCACUCGCUUCCGUGUUUGUGUGAUCAGGGAGUGCACAGCCGGGGGAGCUUCACUGUCUCCACUGUUUCAUUCAUUUAGAGGAGUAACGCUAAGCAAGUGACCCGAGGAGGAAAAUGGCGUAUGAACUGAAACAUGUAUUCGCCAGUCUCCCGCAGAUGGAGAGGGGAGUUUCAAAAGUGAUUGGCGGGGAUCCCAAAGGCAACAACUUCCUGUAUACCAACGGGAAGUGUGUCAUCAUCAGGAACAUUGAUAACCCGGCUAUAGCAGAUGUUUACACCGAACACGCCCAUCAAGUGACGGUCGCCAAGUACUCCCCCAGUGGAUUCUACAUUGCAUCCGGAGAUGCAUCAGGAAAGGUCCGUAUCUGGGACACCACCCAGAAAGAGCACCUGCUCAAGUACGAGUACACCCCUAUUUCAGGCAAGGUCAAGGACAUUGCUUGGACAGAGGAUAGCAAGAGGAUGGCUGUUGUUGGGGAUGGACGAGAGAAGUUUGGGGCCGUGUUCCUGUGGGACUCUGGCUCAUCAGUGGGGGAUCUCUCUGGCCACAGCAAGUUAAUCAACAGCGUCGACAUAAAGCAGAAUCGCCCAUACCGCAUUGUCGUCGGCAGUGAUGACCAGACCGCUUCCUUUUUUGAGGGGCCUCCCUUCAAGUUCAAGUUCACACUAAGUCGUCACUCCCAGUUUGUCAACUGUGUUCGCUUCUCUCCAAAUGGAGAGCGGUUUGUCACAUCUGGCGGUGAUGGCAUGAUUUUCAUCUAUGAUGGAAAGACUGGCGAGUUUGUUGGCUCACUGGGUGGAGAGAAGAGCCACAAUGGAGGGAUCUAUGCUGUCAGCUGGAGCCCUGACAGCACUCAACUGAUCUCCGCCUCAGGGGACAAGACAGUAAAACUCUGGGAUGUUGGUGCAGGUACGGCCGUCACCACCUUCAAAAUGGGCACUGAUGUGGCAGACCAGCAGCUGGGCUGCCUGUGGCAGAAGGACCACCUCCUCAGCAUCUCCUUGUCAGGAUACAUCAACUAUCUGGACAAGAACAACCCUGACCGGCCCAUACGUACCAUCAAGGGUCACAGCAAAUCCAUCCAGUGUCUGACAGUUCACAAAAUUGAUGGGCGACCUAACAUCUACUCGGGGAGUCACGAUGGACAUAUCAAUUACUGGGAUGCAGACACUGGGGAGAAUGACUGCUUCAGUGGGAAGGGCCACAGCAACCAGGUGAGCAAGGUGGUGAUUAACGACGCAGACGAGCUGGUGACAUGCAGCAUGGACGAUACACUGCGCUUCACCACCAUCAACAAGAAGGAGUACAGUGCCUCUGAUGUGGUGAAGAUGGAUUUCCAGCCUAAAAGUGUGUCAGUAGCAUCAGGAGGGCUGUCACUGGCAGUGUGCGUUGAGCAGAUUGUCCUGCUGAAGGACAAGAAGAAGGUCUUCACAUUGGACCGUCUCGGCUAUGAAGCAGAGGUCGGAGCUAUCCACCCUGGCGGUACCACUGCUGCAGUGGGAGGAAAAGAUGAGAAAAUCCAUCUCUACUCCAUUCAGGGUAACACUCUGAAGGACGAGGGCAAAACUAUCGAUGCUAAAGGGACGAUCACAGAGAUGGCUUACUCUCCUAAUGGAGCCUAUUUGGCUACUGUAGAUGAUAAGAAAGUUGCCGCAGUUUAUUGUGUGGCUGAUGACUACAAGAACAAAACUGAGUAUUACGGACAUCAUGCAAAACCAGUGUCCUUGGCCUGGUCCCCUGAUAAUGAGCACUUUGCGACUGGUGGGAUGGACAUGAUGGUGUAUGUGUGGACAGUUGGUGAUGCAGACAAGAGGAUUAAGAUACCAGACACUCACCGGUUGCACCAUGUUAGUGACCUGGCCUGGAUCGAUGAUCAUACCCUCGUCACCGGCUCCCACGAUGCCUGCAUCAAGCAGUGGACUCUUAAAUACUGAGUAGAAACAUCCACAUCUCCAGGAACAAGGACUACUGUAGACUUCAAUCUUUCUUUCUUUUUUUUUUUUUUAACCUGUAUUUUCACUGUCUAAACGGUGUUCAAUGCUGUCUGUAAACAUCUGAAUUGUAAAUGUUUCCGACUGGGGAAAAGCUCCCAUUAAAAAUAAUUCAAGAUAUGUCUCUUUGACGCGAAUAACCUCAGCCUGCACAGAGACAAAUUGUGGAAGUAAACAAUCUAACCAUGAGUGCUUUUACUUCUCCUUGAGCGUUAUGGACCCAGAAAAUUAUUUGUAAGCUCAACAUUCCAUAUUUAAUAGCUUUCACUCAGUUUAACUGAACUGCUUGUUUUGUGGUUGGGCUCAAUACAUCCUAACCCAACGGAUGAACCAAAAGCAAAUUUGUUUUUUCAUCAAAAUGGCGUUUGAAAGAAAUGAAACCUUUUGGUUACAUUCCUACAAUGAGAAGUAACUAGUCCAGAUUAAUGUUGUUUGUCACUUUUUUUCUUCAACUUUUUCAGAGGUUGGGUGGUGUGUUUUUUUUUUUUUUGGUUUGUCUUAGGUUUCAUACUUCUUGUGACUCACAACUCUUCCUGUUGGAUUGGGAAGCAAUAGUAGGAACUGAAAGAACAAAUUACAUGUACAAUCAAGAUGCUGUCUGUUCAGUUGAAGGUCCUGUAAUGUUGCUGUGUCUUUGUUUGGGCCCACGAUGCUCGUCUCACUUAUUUUCUUUUUUUCAAUGUCUUUAUGCAUCCGCUUCCAAAGUGGAAGUGAGGCAUUAUUAUUAAUAAUAUUAAUAAUAAUAAAACACUUUUUAUGCA